AUGGCAUCCCUUAAACCAGUCGAAAAAUCUACAUUAUGCAGCCUGAUUAAAGACGCAAUUACGCAGCUACGGAGCAUACCGCCACCAGGUUACUUUGGGAUGUUGAAUCGCCAGCCUUAUCUCGACGGGGUGUUCUGGACUGAAGAUCUAAAUCCUAAAAUCUCAGGUCCCUUUACAAGUCAGGAAGACAUGAAUCUUGCUAUCAUCGAGAGACUUCGCCAGAUAGAAUCAGAUCCGUACAUUCGACUGUUGCGGAACAUGAUUCAUCAGACUUUGAAUGGCCACCGCACUGUCUUCACUCACGGUGACCUUCAGCCAAAGAAUAUUAUAGUUCAAAGGCUUGGAGACGGUGAUGGAUCCCCGGAUUUUAGGAUCACUUUACUCGACUGGGAAAGCGCUGGAUGGUAUCCGGAGUUUUGGGAUUUCUGCAACGCUACAAUCGCCUGUCGGUUCAAACCCGACUGGUGA